AUGCCUACCGGACAUCUCUAUUUUGUAGAUCAUCUUAAUCGUAGAAUUCGAUUGUUGUCACCCAUUUGUGAUGAGGGGUUCACAUAUGUGGCAUCCAAUAAUUCAUGUGUACCAUUUGAGUGUUUUGAAGUCAAAUACAAUGAUAGCCGUGUUUGUAACUCUCAAGGAAAUUGCUCAGCUUUGGAUGUGUGUUCUUGCAAAGAAGGAUAUUCAGGAAAUAAUUGUGAAAUACCAACUUGUUACGGAAUUCAUGGGGACAAUAGGACUGUUUGUUCUUCACAUGGGUCAUGUAUUGAUUUCAACAACUGCUCAUACAGUACGGGUUAUUUUGGAAAUCAGUGUGAAACUCCUAUUUGUUCUGGAAUUCACGGAGACAAUCAGUCUGUUUGUUCUUCAAAAGGAAAUUGUUCUCGCUUCGAUAACUGCACAUGCAAUGAAGGGUACACUGGAUAUAAUUGUGAUAUUCCAAUUUGCUUUGGAUUUAGAGCAUAUGAUUUCUCAAAUGUUUGCUCAAAUGUUGGAAACUGUAUGGAUAGGGAUACAUGUCAGUGCUUGAGAAAUGAUACGUUCUUUAAGGAUUGUUCAUUACUUUUCUUGAAAUCUCAAAACCUGUUGUUGACCUUCAUACAAUCCAGUCAAACAACAAAUACUGCUCCAUCACCAAUAGACCUUCAACUUGAUUUCCAACAAAAAGAAGACUUUUUGAAAUUUUAUAAUGGCAAAGAUCUCAACCUUGUUUUAGAAUUGGAACUCAAUGGACAAGCCAUUGCUUUGAAAAAUCAAUCCAUUCAUUUGGUCAAUAACACAGUGACAACCUUGAGCUUUAUAUUGCCCACAAUUUCACAACCAGGGAAUGUGAGCGCAUUAUUGGAAAUAUGGGACGUUCGAACAUCAAUGAAAAUUUCAAAACUCAAUCAAUGA